CUCGCUCAUCAGUCUCUGCUGCGCAACCCCCCAAUAACGAAAAAGGCAAUGUAAUCGAAGAACUCACUCAACAGGAGCUUCGAGUUGACAACUGAAUACGCCAGGAGGUUGAGACAAGGUAAAAAAAAAAAAAGGGAUCGGCGUUCCAAGGCCGCAAUACGGCUAAGACAUCCCUUUCCGACCACGUUCCGCAAAGGCACGCGAAAUUAUUAUCAACAAUGGGUUAGGGAUCGCGGCGCGGGCUGUACACCCGACCACCACGACCAUGGCGCACUACCACAAUGUGUCCACGCACGACGAUGAUUUGGACUCUCCCUUUGCGACACCGACGACGCGUAGCACACCCAUAGCUGGGACGAGUGGUAGUAAUUCCGAGGAUGAGCUCAUCGACAUGUAUGGUACCAAGGAGGCGCCUGUCGCCUCUGCGAUGAGCGCAACCCAACGACGACAGCUUCUGACAGAGCGACGGAACCUCAAGAACGCAAAACACCGAAAAUCGGUUGUCUCUGCCCAUAUCACGCACGUUAACCCGCUAGCGACGUCCCGAAGAAAAAAGAUCCUCAUCAUUUCUUUGUGCGUGCUCGCAGUGGUUGUCAUCGCCGUUGCUGUUCCUGUCGCGACCGUCUUGAUCAAGAAGAAGGGUCAUGGUUCCAGUUCGAGCUCGAACGGAUCCUCAGGAGGGGGGCCAGGUUCCGGAAAUACCGCAACGUCGGGCACUACGGGAAGUUUGAUAACUAUGAGCGAUGGCACCACGUUCACGUACACGAACACGUUUGGCGGUGAUUGGGCUGAAGAUCCCACGAGUCCGUUUACUUCUGGUGGCAAGGCCCAAAAUUGGAGUAAGCGUAUCGGUUCGGAAGACUGGGUCUGGGGCGAGGACGUGGCUCGUGGCGUCAACCUAGGUCUUUACGAAAAAUACGUGAAUAAGACUGAUAUUUUCGUUGUUGAUGAGUGGACCCUGGCUCUUGCCAUGGACAAGAAUCUGGCAUCAGAAAUGGAGGACCAUUACAAGACGUUCAUUACCGAACAGGACUUUGCAGAUAUCGCGGGUGCCGGUUUGAACUGGGUUCGAAUACCCAUCGGGUUUUGGGCAAUUGAGACCAUUGGCGAUGAGCCGUUUCUCGUUGGCACCUCAUGGUCCUAUUUCCUCAAGGCUAUCGAAUGGGGCAGGAAGUAUGGCAUCCGCAUCUUCCUUGACCUGCACGCCCUCCCUGGAAGUCAAAACGGUUGGAACCAUUCUGGUAAAAGCGGCUCCAAUGGUGUUAUGGGAAUAGCCAACGCCGAGCGGACGCUCACCUAUCUCCGAAUCCUUACAGAGUUCGUCAGCCAAGAUCAGUACCGUGACGUUGUAGGAAUUGUGGGCAUCGUCAACGAAAUCCUCUGGGCAACUAUCGGACAAACUUCCGUACAAAGUUUCUAUUAUGCGGCAUACGAAGCCAUCAGAACUUCAACUGGCAUUGGGUCCGGAGCUGGACCCUAUAUCGCAAUUCAUGAAGGAUUCCAGGGGGUCGCCAUCUGGGAAGGAUUCCUAUCUGGUGCCGACCGUAUCGCAUUAGAUCAACAUCCUUACUUGGCGUUCACUGGCGAUCACACCAGCUCCGUUGAUCAGUUGGCACUCAAACCGUGUGCCUGGGCAAUCGCUACAAACCAGUCUUCGAAAGCUUUCGGUGUCACUUUAGGCGGAGAGUGGUCUACUGCAGUGAACGACUGUGGCCUGUGGCUCAACGGAAUUGGUUCUACACCUGGCUAUCCGGACUGUACCAUUUGGGAUGACUGGGCUUCGUAUAACGCCAGCACCAUUGCAGGCAUCAAGAACGUAGCUUUAGCAUCCAUGGACGCGCUCCAGAAUUUCUUCUUCUGGACGUGGAAGAUCGGGAACUCCACCCAGCUAGGGACGUCUUCCAGCCCCCUUUGGCAUUACCAACUGGGUCUCCAACAAGGAUGGGUUCCAAAAGAUCCACGGGAAGCCAUCGGCCACUGUGCAAGUGUUCUCAGUUCAUCUCAGAUAUUCGAUGGGAGCUAUCCCGCAACAGCAACCGGUGGGUCAGGCGCAGGUACCGUUGAAGCUGCACAGACGUCGUCACAUGUGUUCCCUCCGCCUUCUCUGGCCCCGUCCUUCUCACCCUCGCAGAUGUCCCUCCUCCCGACGUAUACCCCGACGGGAUCGAUAAAGACGCUGUUUGCACCGACUUUUACCGCUGCCCCGAAGGCGACGGUGGGUACCGGCUGGAAUAACUCCGCCGACACGCAGUUGGCUUAUGUGUAACCCAUGGAACGCGGUCAACGCCACGCUCCCUACUGCUACUUGUACGGGGUCAUAAGUACCCGAACAUUUUUUUUGUUCCUUCUUAGUGUUAUACUGUUGUACCGACUGAACCCUGAGACUCGUUUAUUCUUGGACUUUAUUGUUUUGACAUCUUACGCGGACUCUCAUAUAGAUAGGUGUACAUAUAGUAUUAUGGAACUGUCUUUUUUACACACUAGAGUACAUAUUAGAAGAAUAAGUCUUCUGAAUCGAUAAUGACCAGAG